GAAGGGGAAUUGUGGUCGUGUGAACGAACCGAGUUACCUUGCGCGGGUUUGGUGAAUGGCAGCUAAGGGCUCAGGCAGCAGGAACCAGACAUCAUGGUUCAGCUGGGGCACUGCCUCCUGAAAAGGUACCACAACGUGCAUACCGUCAUCCGCUUUGCUAUGGGUGGCUGCGCCAACAGGCCUUACUUUCGGAUCGUGGCCGCACAGAACAAGCGAGCCCGGGACGGGAAGUACUUGGAGCAGAUUGGGUGCUACGACCCGCUUCCCAACGACCACAACGAGAGGAUCGUUGGUGUGAACUUCGAGCGGCUGAAAUACUGGAUUGCCAAUGGCGCCCACCUCACCAAGCCCAUUGAGAAACUUCUGGGGCUUUCUGGAUUCUUCCCCCUGCAUCCGAUGACCAUCACAAACGCCGAAAGAGUGAGGAAAGCACAAGCCCAGCAGGCUGAGAGGGCUGCUCAGGAAGAAGCAAGCUCAGUUCGGAAUGAAUAAAAGAGCAAAG